AUGUCAAGAAUUAACGUAGUCGUUUUCCCACGCAUCCUCUCCGUUCCCGCGUCCCCCGGCAGUGGGCACGGAGAUAUACCAGAGCGAGGUGAACAACACGCUGUUCGUGCACUAUGUGCGCACCGUGGUGCAGCCCAUGAUGUCCCUCCUCAAGUCCUCCAUCAGCGCCCAUGUAAUGCGCUCCCCUCGCCCGCCUCGUUCCCCUCGCUCCUCUCGCUCCUCUCGCUCCCCUCGCUCGCCUCGCCAGUCGUGAACGUCCAGAUGAAGCUGUCGCGCAACAACCAUCGCGACAAGGGAACCAUGGAGGAAGCGCGCAACCUGCGCGCCACCACGCUCAUUAUCGGCAGCAACGGCCGCUCCUCCCUCUUCUCCUCGAAGCCUAAGGUAUCGGCCUUGGGGCAAUACUGUGCCAAGUACCGUCCGUACGGCAUGGCAGUAUGCGUGAUAGACAAGGGUGGCAAGCUCGUGCUUUCCAAAGAAGCCGACGCGCCUUCCUCCGUGUCCAACAGCGGCAGCCCUGCCUCGUCCGGCCGAGCCUCCGGCCAGAUCAGCCCCGGCCAGUCCGGCAGAUUCCAACGCGGAGGAGGUUCGGGGUCGGGUACUGGCACGAGCACUCCCAGCAGCAUGGAUGGUGGCGGGGGGUUUCCGAGGAGGGGAGGGAGUGCGGCGGGUGGCAUGGGCGGUGGCAUGGGCGGUGGCAUGGGCGGUGGCAUGGGCGGUGGCGGUGGUGGUAGUUUUGGUGGUCGCGGUGGUGGGUCGAUGGGUGGAACGCCGGGGGCGUCUGGUGUGCUGGAGCCCACGUAUAGUGGGACGUUUGGCGAUGGUGGUGCUGAUGGGCCUCCACAAGCCUUGGACCCUCUCCGCACCUCCCCUGCGCACGCCUUCAACGCCUCCCGCCCGCCCUACGCCUCAGACGCACGCGCCUCCCCCUCCCGCUCCGCCAUGCCCCCUCCCCCGCUCGACCCCGGCGCCCCCCUGCGCCCCUCAGGGCUGGGCCCGCGCGGAUCCAUGAAUGAGCGCGGCAUGGGGGGAGGGGGGGGGAUCCCCAUGGGCGCCAAUGGCAGCGGCACCAUGCUCCCAGUGUAUGGGUCCCAGCCAGGGGGGGCGGGCAUGGGGGGCCCAGGCAUGGGUGCGGGUGCAGGCAUGGGGGGUGCAGGAGCAGGCAUGGGUGGGGGAGGUGGGGCAGUGGGAAUGAGCUCGUCCGGUUCCCCCAGCACCAGCGGAUCCACCAACCUCCUCCUCUCCGGGCGCCGCUUCCCUCGCGCCGGCUCAUCUGACUCCUCCCCCACCUCCUCCGCCUCCUCCCCCAGCUGGAACCGCCCCGGGGGCGCCCCUGGCGGCGGCACCGCUGGGGGGAAUUUCCAGCAGGCGCAGGGGCAGGGGCAAGGGGGGGGAGCACAGGAUGCAGUGGCAGUGGGGCUAGCGGCGGGGCUGCAGGGGGAGGCUCUAGAGGAUUUCGUGGCGUGGAGGCGGGGCAAUCCCAUGGCGUCGUACGUGCAGCAGCAGGAGUACAUUCUGGAUGCUCACCGCCGCAUGGCUGCUGGCGGCGCUGGCGGUAGCAUGCUCAUGGCCAUGCAGCAGCAGCAGCAGCAGCAGCAGCAGCAGCAGCAGCAGCAGCAGCAGCAGUGGAAGGGGCAGACGCCGGUGCUGACGUCCAUGAAUUCCCUAGGCUCUGGCGCGUCUGACGAUGAAGCUAGACGACCUGCGCAAGGAGCUAGAGCGCAUGCGCCUGCGCGCAGGUUUGACACGCCUCAAUUCCCCCUUCCAUCCCCUCACCCUCCCGCCUGCCAUCCUUUCACCCACACCACCCCUUUCCUGCCCUCCUUUCAGGACGACCUGCGCAAGGAGCUAGAGCGCAUGCGCCUGCGCGCGGCCGAAGCGGAAGCAGCCCAAGCGGAAGCGGAGCUGCGGGCGCAGCGGCUGAUGCUGGAAGCGCAGUCGUCCGUGCGGCAAGUGGAGGCAGCGCAGCGUCAAAAAGAGCUCGAAACCGCCGCACGCGUGGAGCAAGCGGCUUUCGAAGCCCUCACAGCCCAGGCUGCAGCGGAGGAGGCGCGGCGGGCUACGGAAGCGGAGCUCCAGAGGAAGGGCGCUGCGAGGAAGGAGGCGGCGGCUAAGGUCGCGGAGCUGGAAGUGCAGGCGAAGAGGCGGAAAGAGGCUGAGAUGAGAGUGCUGAAUGGCGCUGCUGGCUCUGGGGGGGGCUCUGUGGGGAGCAGCGGGAGCAAUGGGAAGGGCGGCGGGGGAGGUGGAUCGGGGGGUGCGGGUGCGGGAGUGGGAGCGGGAGGGGAGGGUGUGGAGGGGAAGGAGGGGGAGGGAGAGAGUGAGGAGGGGGCUGCGGUGCAGGAAGGGCCGUUUGUGGAGCACACGUGGGAAGAGAUGAAGGCAUGCACAGAGGGAUUCAGUGAGCAGCGCAAGAUAGGAGAGGGCGGGUUUGGCACAGUGUAUCUGGGUACACUGCACCACACGGCCGUGGCAGUCAAGGUGCUCAAGAGCCGCGACCACCAAAAGGCAAAGACCGAGUUCCGCCAAGAGGUGGCGGUGCUGAGUCAGAUACAGCACCCACACGUGGUCAUGCUGCUCGCGUGCUGCUCCUCCCACUUCUGCCUCGUCUACGAGUACAUGGCAGGCGGCAGCCUCGACGAGCGUCUCCGCUGCACCAAGGGCACCGCGCCCCUCCUCUGGCACUCCCGCCUGCGCAUUGCAGCGGAAGUCGCCUCCGCUCUCCUCGUCCUCCACAACCGCCCUGCACCCAUAGUUCACCGGGACCUCAAGCCCGCGAAUAUCCUCCUAGAUAAGAACCUAGUGGCCAAGCUCGCAGACGUGGGGCUUGCGCGGCUCAUGCCCACCGCGGACUCCUCCUCCGGGAACGGCAACGCGGUCAUGCGGACGUACGCGCGGGAAUCCGUCGCAGUCGGGACUUUCGCCUACAUGGAUCCGGAGUUCCAACGCACGGGGGAAUACGGCCCGAAAUCCGAUGUCUACGCGUUGGGAAUCGUGCUCCUGGACCUGCUCACCGGCCUCCGUCCGAACGCGUUCGAAGGACUCGAAGACGCGGUGGACGACGACGACGAGGAGGCUCUCGCGGCUCUCCUGGAUAAAACCGCGGGCGACUGGCCCGUGCCUCUCGCCAUGGAGCUUGCGAAAAUGGCGCUGAAAUGCUCUGAGAUGCGCAGGCGGAGCCGGCCGGAUCUGGCCAAGGUGGUCAUGCCGGUGCUGGAGAAGGUGAGAGAGGUGGCUGCUCGCGUGGAGGAGGAGAUGGAGGGGAAUGCCUGGCGCACUGCUAACCUGCCCAGCCCGCACAAGGCUGCUAGCUGCUUCUUCUGCCCCUUGACCAAGGAGGUGAUGCAGGAUCCAGUGCUGGCAGCGGAUGGGCACACGUACGAGCGGGCAGCGAUCGCCAAGUGGCUGGCGGAGGGCAACAGCACGUCGCCCAUGACGCAUGAGCCCCUGCCCAACACCGACGUCAUGCCCAACCAUGCCAUCCGCGCCAUGAUCACCGACUGGCGCAACGGCAACAAGUAA